CACAUACACACACACACACACACACACACACACACAAACACACACACACACACAUACAGUAGCUGACAGAGUGAGCACUAAGCAGCAUCUUACUCGUUUUCUAUCUCAUUGCCAUACCAACCGACAGCACAACCAGCAUGGUACAUAAAAUAUACUUACUCGGAGUAAGCAACCUGAUUAAAGGCUACUGCUAAGCAUUUGCGUAUUAUGAAAGACGCUAGCUGAUAACAAUAUACACAAAUAACUCCCCGCACAGUAGCAUUAGCUGCACGACAGAAGAACCUAACAGGUGCAAAUACUUCAAAAGAAAACAAAAAGCUACAGCGUCCCAAGCUGGUCUGUGCAGCAUCGUAUAGAAGAAGAGCAUAAAAACGAAAGAACCACAAAAAAAAAAAAGAAAAAGAGGGCGGUGUCACAUCGAAAGGGAAAAUAAAAUAAAUUGCAGCUCUAAUCAAUUGGGUUAGUGCGAGCAGGAAGUCUCACAGGCUGCAGAAAGAGCUCGUGGAAAUAAUAAAAAAAAAACAACGGUUUCAUUAACUCGGAGCGGUGAAAACAGUUCUUAAUCCUUUGCAAUGGCUCGGGAAAACGGAGAGACCAGUAACGUUUCAUGGAAAAAACACGUUGAUGAAAUCAAGAAGGUAUUUGAAUUCAAGGAAACCCUUGGAACUGGAGCAUUUUCAGAAGUUGUGCUGGCUGAGGAGAAGUCCACUGGGAAAAUGUUUGCUGUCAAGUGUAUCCCAAAGAAAGCACUGAAGGGCAAGGAAAGCAGCAUAGAGAAUGAGAUUGCUGUUCUCAGAAAAAUCAAGCAUGAAAAUAUUGUUGCUUUAGAAGAUAUUUACGAGAGCCCAAAUCACCUGUACCUCAUCAUGCAGCUGGUCUCGGGAGGUGAGCUGUUUGACAGAAUAGUGGAGAAAGGAUUUUACACAGAGAAGGAUGCCAGUACCCUGAUACGGCAGGUUUUGGAUGCUGUCAGUUAUCUACACAACAUGAGCAUAGUCCAUAGAGACCUCAAGCCAGAAAACCUGUUAUACUUUAACCCUGCUGACGAGUCCAAGAUUAUGAUUAGUGACUUUGGUUUAUCUAAAAUGGAAGGAACAGGAGAUGUCAUGUCAACAGCAUGUGGGACUCCAGGCUAUGUAGCUCCAGAAGUCUUGGCACAGAAACCCUACAGCAAAGCAGUAGAUUGUUGGUCCAUUGGAGUUAUUGCCUAUAUUCUCUUAUGUGGCUACCCUCCGUUCUAUGAUGAGAAUGACUCCAAGCUUUUUGAACAGAUUCUGAAGGCAGAGUAUGAGUUUGAUGCUCCAUACUGGGAUGACAUUUCAGAUUCUGCUAAAGAUUUUAUUAGCAGUUUAAUGGAGAAGGAUCCUAAUAAAAGGUAUACAUGUGAUCAGGCACUCCGACAUCCCUGGAUUGCUGGCGAUACAGCCCUCAGCAAGAAUAUCCACGAGUCUGUCAGUGCACAAAUUAGAAAGAAUUUUGCAAAAAGUAAAUGGAGGCAAGCCUUUAAUGCCACAGCAGUUAUCAGGCACAUGAGACGAUUGCACCUGGGCAGCAGUAUGGAGGGCUCACACCACCAAAACACACAGACCAGCCUGCACCUAAACAACCCCCCAACAGCCCCAACCGCUAAUAAAGAUUGUAUAUCCCCCUCCACUGUUUGUAGUCUAGCGUCUGCAACCUCGUCCCCCUCCCCUGCCCUGUCUCCAGUUGGAGCUGAGCGAAGACCCCGACCCACCACAGUGACCACAGUGCAUUCCGGAAGCAAGUGACCCACUCACCCUGCAGGGAACCAGAGGGGAAAUGACAUCACUGUGAGGUGUAUCCCGCCAUUCUCCUAAUGAUUUCACCCUGCCAUGUGCACUGAAGCCUGGAAGGCCUGGAAGAAAGGAAGACUUUUUAUGGCCAUAUUUUCUACUGUAACUAUAAAUGAAUUUCAUAUAUCAUAGAACUUGCAUUGAACUUCAAUGUAUCUGAAUGGAUUUUUUCAGUAUCCGGUUCUGUGCAUAUCCAUUUUGAAACGUUCUGGUUUAAUAAGGGACAUUAAGUUUUCUCAGUGAUUUUGCAACAUGACUCCUGUGGCUUUCCACUGUUUUUUAGUUGUUUUUUUUCUUCAUAAAUCCAAGUUAUAACUGGAUUACCAAGUUCUGAAAUAUUACAUGUCCAAAGCUUUAUUCCUGUUUCUCUAAGCUUCCUAGUUCUAUGUCUUUGGGACAAAGAAGUGUUUUAGAAUUUAAGAAACCUCUGUGAAUUGUUUUUUAGGUGAUCAUUUUGGCAUAGAUUUUGAUGGCUUUCCGUGAAAAUAACACACAGGUCAAUCAGUCAGACUAAGCUGUAAUUAGCAUUGGUUUGUAAGAAGGCUGUAAAUUGAAAAUGGCUUAAAUUACAAUAAUGGGGCUCCAGCUAUGCUAUAUCACACCUUGGAAAUGUUAUCAUCUUGUGUUUUAGUACAUUUCUUAUAUAUAAAUCACUUAACCAUUUCUUUCACAUAAUUAUAUUCAUAGAUACUUCAUUAAAGUCAGUACGUGAAUAUAGAAACAAAUUAAGAUUUAACACAGUAGACUUAGAAAAGCCUAAAUGAGAUGUUUUGCCAUCUUAACAAACCCCAGAGCCUAUCAUUUAAAUAUGCUGUAACUGUGUCCCAUGUGCUAAAACUUGCUAUUUCUGUUUGAAGAAGUAUCAGCUUUUUUCAGAGGACAGACAGUUCUCAGGGAAAGUAGUUAUUUGAAUCAGGUUCAUUAAAAUGAUCCUAUUAGAAAAGUGUAACUAAUUAUGCUCAUAUCAUAAUUGGUCUCCCUUAUAAAAGUCUUCUGUGUACGAUAGUAAAAGCAAAGGAUGGUGUGGCAAGCAUUGUGUAUCACAGAGAAGUAUGGUAAAACAUGGUGAAAACCAUAGUUAGCCACCAUAAAACAUAUUAAAUACAGACAGUAAUAUUAGCGCAGUAAAGGCAUGGUAAAAUGCAUAUUUUUCAUGCUAAUUUACCAAAUUUGCUGUUAUAUAUUUGUAUGUGCCAAACACCUAACUGUUUAAUUUAAGGGCAUUGUAGUUACAGGUAGCUCAUGAAACAAAGCCCUUAAAGUCCAAGUCCCAUCCGUCUUCACAUUUAACUAAAUGCACUGUAUGAUUUAUUUCUCAUAUUAAUAGAUUCCAUCUCAUGUAUAAUUUGUUUGAAGUGUAAGUAGUUUUAAAGUUCUGAAUCUUUAGUCUUACUUACACGAGUAGUGUAAGUCACUUAAUACUGCCUCUUACCAUUGGAUAACAUUCUGCUAAUGAAGCCGCUAACCGUUUUUAAAAAGUACCAACAAAACAAAUAACAAUUGCGAUUAAGAUAAAUACAUUUGCAGGGUUAGCAUGAAAUAAUUACCUACAGUAAUCAGUUUUAGUUUUUGUGGAACUUUUUGAAAUAUAAAAUUAAAUCUGUCUCACUUUUUUCUAUAGCAAAUCUAAAAUUAUUUUUUUUGGAAGAUUGUUUUUUGUUAGUUUGUUUCUGUUAGUUACCAGUAUGUCUCGCUCCCAGAAUGCAGAUAAAUGACAAAAAAUUGUAUUCAAGUGACUACAGUGCUACAUCAGACAACGAUUUGUAAAUAAACACUAUAGGCAGGGACUUCCACAUCCAGGAUACCACUGGAAAGUUAGAAAUCACACAACGUCCUUUAAUGGGUUUUUUUGUUUUGUUUUUGUUUAAUUUUAUUAUAGUACAACAUGCUGUUGGGAAUCUAGAACUUAAAAAAAACAAAAAAACAAGAAUUGGUAAACCAUGUGUUCCAUCAGCCACUAAAUACACUUUUCUGAGGGUAUAGAAAAUAAAUGGUAAAGAAAAAGCACAUUAAAUGAAUAUAGAAAAACAGAAUCCCUAAUCAUUACCAAACUCAAGAACAUUAAAGCUGUCCAACCCUGCUGGCUAAGAUUUUUUAAAACCUCAAGCAGUAUCUUCCCCCUUUUAUGUUCACCGUGACAAUGUCAACAUUUGUUCUGGAAAGACAUACUGUAGUUAUUCCUGACAGUGUGCUUUUUUUUCUUCUAAAUUAGAUCAAUCUUUGAAUUGAACAGAGAUAAUUUAAUGUUAUUGUUGUAAUUUAUUAAUGUAUUAAAAUACACAACAGUAUCUUCAAGGGGCAAAAUGUACAUGCCAUCACUAGACAUGUGGACCAUGUGACCUGCCCGAUAGUUAACAUAGUAUCCAAUGUAGUCUUCUUUAUUGAAGUUCUGCAUUGAGAAAGAUUCCAGAUUAAAUACAUUUUAAAAUGUAUCCAUUAUUUAUAUUGCCUGGCUGGAAAGCAGAGAAAUUAAAAAGUCUUUCAAGUGUAAAAUGAAAGGGAUGCACAGUCUGAACAGAGGAAGUAGUGAUAACUGAAUGUAUUCAAUAUUAUGAUACAUGUCUGGGAAAGGGACAAGGCUGCUUGACAUAGUGAAUGAACAGUAGGAAGCAACAACUUAUUUUCACUCUAUUUUAAAUCCAUUGAUGUUAGUAGAGCAUGUUGCAAGUUUUUUUUUCCAUUUUCAUCAAAGCACUUGCUUAUUCUUAAAUUAUUUGUUUGAAGACAAAGUGCUCUAUUUUUAUUUGCAGUUUUUUUAAAAAAAAAAAAGAUAUUUCUUUGCUAACUCUCUGUAAAAUAAAGCUGGAAAAUAACCUAUUGCAAUCAUUAGCUUUUAUGUAAAUCAGUUUUUAAAAAAACUUUAUGUCAGUGUGCACCAAGUGUGUGGAACAUCCAGUCUGAAGGCUGGAAGUGAUGAAGGUUUGGGUUUACUAUUAAAAUAGGUUUUUCACUUAGGCUAACUGGCCAAGUGUUAAGCAAACUGUGCAGGUAUCUGCGUAACGUAAUGAAGCCAAGUGCCAGGGUACUUUCAGCAGUUAGAUGUACCAAACCUUCUGAUUUGACUGUGCUGCUUUAUGCAUUGCUUAUCAUUAAUGAUCAUGCCUCAUCUCUUUUUUGAUUUUCAUUUUUUUUUAAAUAUAGCAAUGAAGCUUUUCAAUAUGCAGCCAGCCCCUGCUGAUUUACUAGAGACUGACCCAUUGAUAAGAGGAAGUGCAUCAGUGUUGUAUACACUUUAAUUAGUCUUUUGUCAACCCAGAACCUGCUAGAUGUAUUUAUGUAUGUAUAAUUAAGACACUCAAUGUCUUUAAUUGUGCUGAUUUUUUUACAGCAUAUAUUAGCAUUGUUUCAUUCUGCACUUGGCAGAUUGCUGUAAUUGAAACAUAAUCUGACUGUUCUGAGUUUUCAGCUGGGCCACUACACCCAAAUGUAUUUUACUGCUUAUAAUUUAUGGUGAAAAGCAUAGACUGGAGCCUAUUGAAGAUUAUAUAUCAUAUAUACAAGUAUUCUCCAAUAUUAGAAGCUCCCACGACUGUCAUGUGUUUAUAUGACUUGAAUAACGCAUUUAACAUGAAGACUGUUUCACUCUCUAGUUUUUAAUGUUCUUAAUCUUAAAGGCAAUCUACACUAACCACUUUGUGGAGCAACCAAAAUGUACUGAUUAGAACAAAAAGUUGCAAGUCAUCAAAAAAAUAUAUACUGAUGCACAAAAGAAACGCAAUGCUCAGGUCUAAUGUAUUUAAUCAAAUAUUUUACAGAGAUAUAAAACAAAAUCACAGAAAAUGUGAACAAAAAUACAGAUCAAAGAAUCAUGAUACGUUUCAGUUGGCGAAGGUGUUAUUUUGGACUUUGGUCAGGAGAAAAAGCUGGCCCUGGCAAGACCUCGACAUUGUAUUCUUGAAGUCGUACAAUUGUAGUCCUUGCACUUUGUGGUCUUGCAUUGUCCUGCUGGAAAAUCGACACUUCUGGUUUGGGUUGCAAGUACAGAAAAAAAUUGUAGCUUCAAGGACUUCGUCAAUGUAUCACUGAGCUGUAAGUUUCCCCUCAGUCUGCACCAAAGAUGUUCUUGUGUUGAAAUAGAUUCUUUCCCACAUCAUAACACUUCCACCACCACAUUGGUUGGCAUGAACAGCACAGCAGUCAGCAUAGCACUCACCACUAUGUCUCCACACACGUUGUCUUCUAUCAGGUCUGUCAAGGGCAAAAUGGCAUUCAUCUGUGAAUAAAACACUCCAACACUCUCACUGCCGCCACCUCAGAUGUUCUGUGGCCCACAGGAGACGACAAAUUUGUCUCUCAGCUGUCAACAUGUUACCCCUCAACAACCUCCGAGCAUGCAAAUCAUUUUCAUGCAAACGCCAAACUACAGCCAUUCUGCUGAUGCACCUGUUAUUUCUUUUUGGAAUUUCUCGUGCAGUAGCCACUGCAGUCUGAAAACGAUUAUGCAAAUAGAUCAGUUGGAUGUGGCAGACCUGGGCCAGUGUGGUCACCCUCUGCCUUCCAGGACGUGGCCUGUCCCUCACAGAGCCGGUUUCCUGGUUUCUCUGAACUAGUCUGCUGA